AUGGCGGUGGAAUACAGGGCGGUGGUGGCGGUAGCGGCGGCGGCGGUGGCGCUGGAGGCGGUAGCGGCGGCGGCGGCAGUGGCGGCGGCGGUGGCGGUAGCGGUGGCGGUAGCGCAGGCGGCGGCGGUAGCGCUGGCGGCGGAGGCCGCGGUAGUGGCGGCGGUAGUGGCGGCGGCGGCGGCGGUAGCGCUGGCGGCGGAGGCCGCGGUAGUGGCGGCGGUAGUGGCGGCGGCGGCGGCGGUAGCGGCGGCGGCGGUGGCGGUAGCGCUGGAGGCGGCGGUGGCGGUAGCGCUGGAGGCGGCGGUGGCGGUAGCGCUGGCGGCGGUGGUGGCGGUAGCGCUGGCGGCGGCGGUGGUGGUAGCGCUGGCGGCGGCGGUGGCGGUAGCGCUGGCGGCGGCGGUGGCUCCAACAAAUGGGGUGCAGGAGGAGGAGGAGAAGCGGACGUAG